CUCCCAUAGUUCUAGGGUUCUGGUAGCAUCACCGUGGGAAGCAAUGGGGAAAGGAACUGGAAGCUUUGGAAAAAGAAGGAAUAAGACGCAUACCCUUUGCGUUCGGUGUGGACGCCGUAGCUUCCAUCUCCAGAAGAGCCGUUGCGGUGCUUGUGCCUACCCUGCCAGCCGCAUCCGAAAAUAUAACUGGAGUGUGAAGGCUAUUAGAAGAAAGACUACCGGGACAGGCCGCAUGAGGUACCUCCGUCAUGUGCCCCGAUGGUUCAAGACUGGCUUUAGAGAAGGUACUCAAGCAACCCCAAGGAAGAAGGCAACUGUUAUUGCUGCUUAAGUAAAUUUUGGUUUAUUGUUUUUAGAUUUCUGAAUUUACAAACGAGAAAUGUUGUGAUUUUAUCAAAACAUUGUGUACUUUUAUGUUUCAUCUAAUAUCUAUGAACAGGUUUUAUCA